GAUUUCUCAAGUACUUGAAAAGCUUAAAGAAACUGAUUCAAAUUAUGCAACAAAACCUCUUGAGAUAUCUUUUAACUGGAACAAAAUAGCCACUGGCAUAAAGGAUAUCAAAGGAGGAAUCGAAACUGAUAUCGAUAUAAGUCCGGAGCAUAAUUUAAAGUAG